UGCACUUACCGAAAGGUCGCGACGAGGGGGGUCGUACGAUAAUCGUGUGACAUUGACGCUGUCAUAUUGGUCGAUCCUAUGGAUGGAUCCAGCGCGAGCGUGGAUGUGGCGGCAGCUGUUGAUGAGGACGUGAUUCCUGAUGACAACGAGCCCGAAAGCGGCACCUCGGGAAGGACGCGUCACGUCGACGGCAUCAUCACCUUGGACCAACUCGAGUCUGCGUUCAACAAUCGAGGAGACUUCGUCCUGAUCUUCCUUUCGCCAGUCUUUUUUACCUUCUUCUUUGCUGCAUUUGCCUCAGCAGCUCUUACCCACGUACCCAUCAACGACAUGUUUCCAUCGCAUCGUGGCUUGGCGAUGGCCAUCUUGACGAUUGGCGGCGAGGACACGAAAGACGACACGACGAUCAAGUUUAAAAGCAUCCACACGCCGGACGAUGCCUACGUGUGGCUCGCGACUACGUUUCUGACCACGAUAUUUACCGCGACAGAUUCCAAAUCCCUGGCUGUCGUUCCGUCGACACUUCGCUCUCGUGUUGCCACGUACCAAAAGAUCGUUGGGGCCAUUGAACUUCGCGUAUUUUCGGCUCCUCCAGUGGCUUGCAGCAGCUACAACAAGCUCACACGCAUCUACAGCCCGUGCCACGACUUUUUGUCUGCCCCCAUUGAAGAGCCAUGGUACCUUCCCCCCAACAGCUCUCGCGACGACAUUCUCGACUGGCUGUCGACUGUCCAAGCCAACGGAAGCCUCAUCACUCCGUCCACGACGUCGCUUCAUAUUACCAUUCCCACAUACAACGGCGAAUUGGACUUGCUUUGUAUCAUGUCGCUGCGUAUCAACUUUCAAGCCGGCGGGUUUGUCGACACCAAGUACAAACUCACGUCGAUUCCACUUGAUCCAUACGGAGACGAGCACGCUGGCAUUGGCACCGAUGCGCUUGUACUUCUGUUCGUUUUGGUAACGUUGGUGACAGAGUUUCGCAAGUUCCGGCAAGUGCGCAAGCAGCGCCUGCGCCGAUUCUGGUCGCCAUGGAGUAUCGUGACGUGGCUGCUGCUCGUGGCCGUCGCAACGUUUUACGUGUGUUGGGGGGUGUUGUGCUGGUUGGUUUACGAUUCGACCCUCCAAACAAAGAUCAUUGCAUUGGACGACCCAACGCUAGACGUUGACGCGAACGCGUCACUUGUCGAAACAUAUGUGGCCGACAUCGUAUCCACGGUCACGACCAUGGGGUAUGCCAUGAUUGCACUUCGUUUGGAAGCCAUGGCAGCGUGUUGUUUGCUAAUGCUACGAAUCCUCGGGUCAUUGAGGUUCCACCCGCGAUUGAAUGUAGUCACUGCGACGUUGGUCAAGUCCCUGCAGGAACUGCUGCCGUUCUGCUUUGUGUUUGCCGUGUGUUUGUCAGCAUUCGUCGUGUCAGGGUGCCUUUUGUUUGGCGACAAUGUCAAGCAUUUUAGCACGGCCAGUAUGGCGUACGUGACAGUCGUCAACAUGCUCUUUGGCCAAUUCGACCUCGCCCAGAUCUUUGACGUCAACUAUUACUUUGCCGUCGUGUGGUACUGGAGUGCCAUGGUCGUGCUCUUCCUCGUGCUGUUCAACCUCCUCCUUGCGGUGGUACUGGAAGCGUUCUACCGGGAGCACAAGCAAGCCGAGGCCCAGUCGGCGCCGUACAUCAACGCCAUUGCAAACUUGCAGCGAGUGGAAGGCCCGUGGCUAUGGCCUUGGGCUCACAACGACAUGAUAGCAUUGGGUCGUGCUGUCAAACGUAAGCAUCUGCACGAGGCCACGGCGCCCGCUAUUGCCAAGCUGUUGAAUUUGCCACUCGGCCAGGCUCAGAAAGUACUGGCCAAGGCAAUCGCCUUUACAAAGAUUAUGGACAUUCUACGACAACCCAACAACACGCAUGGGGACGCGACAGGCGACGAGACGGACGUCGACCGCGUGAAUCACCAGCUCGGGGAGAUGGAAGUCCGCAUUGCCACCAUGGUGGCUCGACUAGACACUCAAGUUUAACUUGUCGAAGGCCGCGAAUAGAUUAUGAUGGCUUAAGCGGGCUAAUAAUAGAAGUCAAACUUUCGCAGCCCUA